AUGGAAGUUCUUAAAGGGACACUGACAGGGAAGGACACCUUCACAAGUGCAGAACCUGGGUACCAGGAGCGGAAGUUCUUGGUAUUCGAGAGUUGCCUCGAGCAGCUGUUUUCUGUAUGCAAGACUUGCUACAGCCCUUGCGACGUCUCCAUGAAGGGGGUUGGUACUCUGCUCGUGGUACGGACCUCUUGCCCUGCAGGGCACACGAACCGCUGGGACAGCCAACCGUACAUCAACGGCAAGGGGGCGGGGAACCUGCUCCUCACAUCUCUCGUGCUCUUCACGGGUGCCUCCCCAACCAGAACGCUGCGCCUGUUCCAGUUGAUGAACAUCCAGGUCUUCUCAAAAAAGACCUACUUCAACUACCAGCGAGCAAUUUUGGUCCCAGCUGUUGAAGAGGUGUGGAGAGACGAGCAAGAGAAGCUGAUGGAAGAGCUCCGUGACCAGCCCCUCGACCUCGCUGGUGAUGGGAGGUGUGACUCUCCUGGCUUUAGUGCCAAAUACCUAACGUAUUCCCUGCACGUGCCCUCUGUCAACAAGAUCCUGCACUUUGAGCAAAUUCAGGUUGGAGAGAAACUGAAAAACUACUUGCGCCACUUUACGGAAACUUUGCAGUGCGAAGCGGUGCGCUGCAGCGGGCACAUGGAAAAGGAAGGUCUUGUGCGGUCCCUUGCUUUCACAAGGGACAACCAGCUCACUGUGCAGUCCCUGGCCACCGACAGGCACCGUUCCAUCGGGAAACACAUGCGGGAAAAAGAACCGGCCAUCCUGCACUACUUCGACGUAUGGCACGUCUCAAAAAGCUUGCUUUACGAACAGAUUGUGUUCAGAAUAGGGCGUCAAGAAGAACCUCAAUGCUGCAGGCAAGAGAAGGACUGCAGGUCGAUUGCUGACUCGGCCCAACCAGCAGUGAACCACUUGUAUUGGUGUGCCGCAGCUAGCCAGGGCAACGCUGAACUUCUCGUGGAUGCCUGGUGCAGCAUGACCAGGCACGUGGUCAACAUCCACACAGACCACCCUGGCAUCUACACCACAUGCUUCCACAACCCCAUCGAAGAAGGCGAAUGGCUGGUGCCAGACACGCCUGCGCAUGCCCGGUUCGUUGACGUGGUGACGAGCAAGUCCUUGCUCAAGGACCUACGCCAACUGUCUCCACACACCCAGACGUACGCUUUGGAAUCUUUCCAUAGCGUGCUGAAUGGUUUUGCACCAAAGACCCGCAUAGCUGCGCUCCACUAUAACGAAAAUGGCAACCGGGAGUAG